AUGUUAAAAUCUAUUAGCAUUCUUUCAAACUAUUAUAAAAUAAAUUCAAUUUCAACAACACUAACAACAACAACCAAAUUUAUACCAACAUUAAUUGUAAAUAAUUAUAAUAUCAAUGAAACAAUAAUUUCAUCACCAUUACCAUCGCCAUUAUCAUUGUCAUAUCAAAUUGCAAAUUAUUCAAAUAAAAAGAGAGGUCCAAAUUUAAGAAGAAAUUCAUAUACACAUGGACAAGAUGUUCGUAAAAUUAAGAGAAGAGAAUCAAGAGCAACACAAAAUGAAAUUUUAUUUGAAGAUAAUAUAAAACCAAUUGAUAGUACAGAGCCAAUUCCAAAAAAUAAGCCAAGUCAUUUACAUUCAAAACCAAUUACUCAUAAAGAGAAAUUAGAAACUUUAGAACAUCAUCAUCAAAAGAAAUUAUUACGUGAUCAAAAAUUUAAAGAUCAACAAAGAAAAUUAUUAAUUAAUACAUUAGAAGAAGAAAAACAACAACAACAACAACAACAACAACAAGAACAACAAGAACUAGAACAAGAACAACAACAAGAUGAACAAGAUGAAGAUCAUAAUGUUAAUAAAAAAAGAAAACAAAAAAAACAACUUGAAAGAUUAAAACAAUUUGGUUUUGAUACUAUUGAACCUGAAUUAUCUCAAUCAGAAGGUAAAACUGAAUAUAGUAGUUUUACAAAUAAGAUAGAAGAAUUUGAAGAUCAAUCAACUUUUGAAGCUGAUUUAUCAACUUUUGGUGGUAAUAAAAAUAUUAAAUUUGAUUUAUCAAAGAUUCAAGAAUUUAAUCCAGCUGAUGAACUUGAGAAUUUAUCAAGUUUUGAUGAUGAUGAUGAUGUCUCCAUUAGUGAAGAAGCUCAUGAGAUGACAUUGGAAGAUGCUCAUAAAAGAUUCAAUUUCUCUGAUGAUGAAUUAGAAAUGUUAAAUAGAGGUGUAAAGGAAAAAUUUAAAAAACAACAACAACAACAACAACAAAAACAAAAAGGUAUUGAAGAAGAUGAAGAGGAAGAAGAAGAUGAAGAAUUAAUUGAUGAAAUUGAAAAAUAUGAAACAAUUUUAAAUGAAAAGAAAAAUAAACUAUUAAUGAAAAAACAAAAUAGAAAACAAUUAAAUCUUGACUUAAAAAAAGAAAAAACUCAACAAAAUAAUUUAGAUAAACAAUUAAAAUCACAAAAAUCAAAACAAGAGAUAAUUGAAAAACAAGGCGAAGAGGACCAAGAAAAAAGAGAGGUUGAAAAUUCAAAAUCAAAUAAAAAAGUUUCAUCAACUCAAAUUAAUUAUCUUAAUAGUCAAAAAGUAAUUGAACAUAUUCAAGAAUUACAUAAUAAAAAGAUGAGAGAAUCAAAAACCUACAAAGAGAAAGAUUUAUCACCAGUUACCAUUGAUGAAGUUAUGAACUUUUUAGCAACCACCCAUUUGGAUGAUUUCUGUGUCAUUGAUAUCUCAAAGAAAUGUACAUGGGCUGAAUAUUUAGUAAUUGCAAGUUCAGAUUCAACUCGUUUACUUUCAAAUACAGAGAAAGAUAUAAUGCAAGCUUUUAAACAUCGUUUUGAACAAUUGCAUCCAGCCACUAAUAACUCUGAUCAAUGGAGAGUCGUUGAUCUUAAUCCUAUCGUAAUUCAUCUCUUUGAAACUCAAACUAGAGAAUACUAUGAUUUGGAAAAUCUUUGGGUAACUAGAAGAGAAACUGAUUGGGAAUUCGAAGAAAGUUGGGAUGAUGAAAUGACUAGUAGAAUUGAAGAGGACAAAGAGAAUGAUGAUGAUGGUGAUGAUGAAGAAUAA